GAGAGAUGAAAAGAGUGGUUUAGAGAGAGAAAGAGCUAAAAAUGGAGUCGUUCGACGAAACAUACACAGACGGAGCCCAAAUCCAUGCACCGUCGCCGCCCUUCGACGACGACGACGGCGGCUACCCCGGAUACGCCCCCCAGCCCUACGACUUCGACCUCCCCGCCGCCGACGAGCCACAGCCCACCUACCCCACCGACGAUUUCGCCCCCGUCGACGACGGCAUUGGCAACAACAACAAUCAUCACGAUCCGCAUUACGGAUUCGGAUCGAACCCCGAUCCCGACUACUCUCCGUCGCCGUUCGAGCCCGAAUCGAACGGCAACGGGAAGCCGUACGAUCUCGGGGGCGACGCGGAAGGAAUCUUCACAUCUUCCGACGGUCCGCUGCUUCCGGACCCCGGCCAGAUGCGGGAGGAAGGUGCUGCUUUUCGCGAGUGGCGCCGGCAAAAUGCCAUUCAUCUUCAGGAAAAGGAGGAGAGGGAAAAGGAGAUGAGGAUCCAGAUCAUUAAUGAAGCCGAGGAGUAUAAACGAGCUUUCUAUGAGAAAAGGAACCUCAACUGUGAGACCAACAGGGCUCAUAACAGAGAAAGAGAGAAGCUGUACUGGGCGAACCAAGAGAAAUUCCACAAAGAAGCCGACAAACAAUACUGGAAGGCAAUAGCAGAGAUCAUUCCUCGAGAGGUUUCCAAGAUUGAGAAGAGGGGACGGAAGAAGGACGAUGAAAAUAAGCCUUCAGUAAUGGUCAUCCAAGGCCCAAAGCCCGGGAAACCCACGGAUCUUACCCGAAUGCGACAACUUAUUGGGAAGCUGAAACAAAACCCUCCGCCUCACAUGUUACCUCCUCCCACACCUGCCAAGGAUGGUAAGGAUGCGAAAGAAGGAAAAGAAACAGGGAAGGAUGCGAAAGAAGGAGAAGAAAAAGGGAAGGUUGUGAAGGAUGGAAAAAACGAGGCCGCCCCUGGAGCAGCAGCCAAGGAAGGAAAGGCUGAUAGCAAGGAUGGGAAAGACAUGGCCACAACAGCGGCUGCUGGUGGUGAUGUUUCCCCCGGCAAGCCUGUUUUGCCUGUUGUUUCUGAGAAACCUGUUUCACCCAUUAAAGAUGCGAAUGAUACCAAUGGUGUCCUGGUUGCAAGCGAACCAGAGGCUCCUGCUGCAGCUGAGGGGGAGCAUGUUACGGAAACUGAACCAGUGGCAACUGAGUAGCGACCGCAUAGGAAAUAAGAGCAACCAUAUUUGUUGCUAAUUGAUUCUUUUAUUCUUUCUGUUUUUUUCGUGCAGCGUUAUUGGAAUACCCUUUUUUACCACUCUAAGCUUCAUACCGCAUAGGAAAUAAGAGCAGCCAUAAUUUUAGGGUUUAUGGCAUGCAGUUCUUUUCUUAUUCAGACUCAAACGCAUUAUCGUGUAGUCAUUCUUUUAAAAAAGAGAGGAGGAUUUCGGGUUU